AUGGAUAUCUGGCCUUGCGAUGAACACUUGGCGAAGUGGUGGAAGUGGAGGCAGGCGCAGCUCGCGAAAAAGCAGAAGCGGAAGCGCGAAGACGUGAAUAAGAAGAAGACGAAGAAAGAGAAGAAGAAGAAGCGCGACGAGGAUGCAGGACCUGAGCCUUGCACAUGCGGCCCAGAUGCCUCUCGCGCGCUAUGCUUUCGGUUCUUCAAUGCCACUCGCAAGUUCUGGCCAAUGUUCUGGAAAGAUGAGCGUCUCCGGGCUACGGUAGACGUCUGCGAAGAGCGCCUCGGACUCCCCACCGUCGAGAUGACCGACAUGGAUCCCGAAGACGCUUACAACUACUUUUUCGGACUCGCACGGGGCUCCCUCUGGACCAGCGUCCCCAAGGAGGUGGAUGAAUAUUGGCGAUAUAUGAGGAUGGUGCCACUGCACACGGAUAUGAGUUGUCGUGCACCGGACAACGACAUCGGCUGGCACUCUUUGGCAUGCAACCCUGUCGGUGCGCUAGCUGUGAGUCUGAACAACGUGGCGUGCAAGGAACACGACACCAUCUUGUACAUGUGGGUGCCCAUCGUCCCGGCGCAGACGUACAAGUCUAUCUUCUGGUCCUUCCACUACGGCACCCUGCUUGUAGCGCACAAAGACUGGCACUCGCAAGAGGAUCGCCGCAAAGCUUGGAGCGACAGGGACUUUCGAUCCAAGUACGAAUGGUGCCGCGCUUCGAACCAAACCAUGGACGAGCGAGCCAAAGUGUUGCGCCUUCCUCUGCUGAGCUUCGCCAAGCCCAAACACAUUAAAAACUUCAUCAACGGCAAGACCCCAGCGGGGACCAGGCGUCCGAGCCCCUCGUGCGAAGCUUUCAAGCCCGAACCGCCGUUUGUGGUGCGAAAUCAAUCGGGCGCGGGGCUCGGACCAUUGGCCACGCACAGCUUCAUGCGAGACCUGGCAAGCCUGCAGCACUCGGCACCGGCGGUGGAUCUCGACCAACUGCACAAGCGGUGCAUGCACGAGUGGAAGGGGCACUCGAUUCCGUGGCGUGGGCUGCUCGCCGGACUCCUGACCCCCCGGGGAGGAGAUCGGGGCACGCAUCGACCUGACGAGGACGAUGCAGAUGAAGAAGCCGGCAGCGCGGGCGACCCUUUCCAGGACGGCGAGGAAGAGCGGCGAUCGAAGCGACUUCGUGGAGCGAAGCAGUCGUUCUCUACCGACGACGACGGCGGCGAGGACCCGCAACCACGUCUACGUCAAACCCAGCUCAACCUGCCCGGUCAGUCGAGCCGGUCCGGACAGCAUCCUUGGCCAGAGUCCAAAUUGAAGCCUGAGUCCAUAACGAAGAUCAAGGACUGGCUCAUAAACGUGAGGGGAUACGGCAAAGCAGCGCGAAACUGGCACUGGGAGAAGGUGGAGGAAGCUGUGCGGAAGGAGGGUCGCAAGAUUGAAGGCGAGGAAGCUGCGCGGGAGGAUCGCAAGGUCGAAGGCGAGGAAGCUGUGCGGGAGGAUCGCAAGACCGAAGGCGAGGAAGCUGUGCAGGAGGGUCGCACCGAAGGCGAGGAAGCUGCGCGGAAGGAAGAUCGCAAGGUCGAAGGCGAGGAAGCUGCGCGGGAGGAUCGCAAGAUCAAAGGCGAGGAAGCUGCGCGGAGGGAGGAUGGUACAGGCGACGAGACCGGGACGCUCGUACCGUAG